AUGUCAAUAUCAACUACAAGAGUGACAUGGUUGCUGAACUUGGACAGUAUGCUCAUGCCAUUGGGACGGAUUCCAACAUUCGAUGGAACCACUAAGUGUGAGACAUUUCAAGAUGGCGAUCAAAUCGCAGGUGUGGAUGACACGGAACAAGGUUACUUAGAGAAAGCCUUUGAUCAGGACUAUGAACCUGAAGAUGAAGAUGAACGUGAUUUCAACCUACUUGGACAAUUCGAUGAUAUCGAUGACUCCGAAAGAAAUGAGCUCUUGGCAGAUGCAGACAAUGAUGUCGAUGAUAUGCCGGAACUCACUGUCAGAGUCCAAGGAGAUGAUAACUAUGAAUCAGAUGACGACAAUUCGGGUGAUGAAGGCAAUGACGAGGAAGAACCUAUUGUGGCCAAUUUGGAUCACCAUCAAGAAAAUGUUGAUAGAGGAACCAAUGAUGUUGGAAGCCUCGUUACUGAUCUGGAGGAUCUACAAGAACCGCCAGAAGAAGAUAUUGCAUUUGAGCCUGAAGAGCCUCAAGUAGCAAAGAUCAUUUGA